AUGGCUUUCGCGAACGCGCGCGCGCGGCGGUGCUGGCCCCUGGCGGCGGGCUUCGACAGUCCACGCGCGGGCCUCCUGGACGCGGCCAGUCUUGCGCUGUGUGUCGGUGCGGGAGGCCGUGUGUCGCUCGGUGCGCUGAGGUGGAAGUUGACAGACAGGAGAGUUGACGCCGCAGCAGCUCGACGAAGCACCGAGCGGAACGGAGCGGAUUACCCUGACGCAGGACCGGCCGCGGCGCUAACGGUGCCUGGAGGUCAGGCGGUGGCCGCUCUCUGCAUCUGGCGGCCGGCGCCGCAGCAUUCCUGCGCCCGAGGCCCAGGGGCGCCGCUGGACGGCGGGCCGAUUCAUGCGUAUGGUGGCAAGGGUGGGAUAGUGAAUGCUAUAGAGUGGGCGGGAAAUGGAAAUGGGAAGGGGGCGCGGGCGGGGUCGCAGACGUUGGGUCAGAUGGCGUCGGACUCGGGUCGAUUGAUGGGGGGCAACGGGGUUGUCGACGGUGGACCACUGGAUGGCGACCAUGGACGGUAG